AUGAUUGGCAUUGACAUGGCUCUUGUAGGCAUUGAAAAACGAAAAUUGGAACGAGAAGAGGCAGAUGAACGGCGAUUACGAGCAACUACUAAAAUUAAUACCUUAGCAAUGGGUACAGUGCAAUUCACAUCAUCAACCGAAUCGUCAGGCAAUGUUGGCGCUGGUGGAAUGGAAUUGGAAGUGGACGCUCUACCGUCGGCUUCGGAAGUUGUUAAAAGAGGAACACAGUUAUUUAUCAAUGAACGGAUCGUUUCUGCUUUGGAUAAAUGCAUGAUAUCUGACCGAAAUGCAAUGCAUUUAAUGGCUGCAGUAGCUGAUGGACUUGGUCACAACGUAUCAAAUUUGGUAUUAAAUCGCUCGUCAAUUCGAAGAUACCGUACUGCAAAUCGACAAAAAAUCGCUGAUUUUGUAAAGGAGAACUUACAUAUGCAACGGUCGCCAUCUAGAAAAAGCUCUCGUUUGCAGACAGCAACGAGCCAAAAUGUGAAUAGUUCCACGCCUGCCGGAACAAAUAGAUCAGCAAAUGUUUCUCAAAUGCCGUCGGUACAAAAUGUCAGUUCUGUUGCCCUCGGAACAACGGUAACUAGUGCCUCUAUAAGUGCCCCUAGAGAACCGACACCUGCUGUAUCAAUGCAAAACAUUUUCAGUUCAACAAGUGAAGAGCCCUUUAGUCUGCCGCCGUUAGUGCCCGGUCCUAAUGUGAGAACCCAGCCACCACAAACCAUAUCGUCUGAUAAUGAGAACCUGCAACGACAAAUUGACAUCCUGCAAGCUCAAUUGGCAAACGCUCAACGUGCUUUAAGAGCAAAUCAAAAUUUAAAUACGCCGAAUGUUAUUGGACAUAAUGCGCCAGUCAUCCAAAGUAUUAGCAGCGGCCCUGAGAACAUGGUUGAUCGCCGGAAUCCAACGCCAUAUUCCUAUGUUAGUCAGUCAGACCAGUUGAUGACAUCUCAGCCUCUUAUUGUUUCCCCUGCUACAGUGCCCAUGCCAGUACAACGCAAACUUUAUGAUCUGCCCGAAUUUUGUGGUACUCCCGAGGACUGGCCAAUGUUUUUGUCUGCCCUUGAACAUUCGACAGCGGCAUAUUCCUACAAUAAUUUUGAAAAUUGUUUGAGAUUGCAGAAGGCUUUGAAAGGUGAAGCCAGAGAGUGCGUGAAGUCGUUGCUCAUCCACCCAAAUAAUGUGCCAACAGUUAUAGAGCAAUUAAAGCUACAAUAUGGUCGCCCAGAGUUGCUUAUUCGAUGCCAAUUGCAACAGAUAAAGGAAGUUCAGCCCAUAGCAGAAAACGCGAUCGAUAAAUUGGUGCCGUAUUCCAUUAAGGUCAGAAAUUUAGCAGCAUUUUUGGAAUCUGCCAAUGGUUAUCAACAUUUGUCGAAUCCAACACUCAUGGAGGAGUUAGUACAGAAGCUUCCAAUGAGCAAACGUUUGGAUUGGGCCCAGUUUGCUUCAACUUUACCUCAGUUGCCGACUAUUUUGGAUUUUAGUACCUGGCUCCAGCGUGUUGCAAAUUUGGUAAGAAGUGUGCAAAUAAGCAGUUUAAGUGGCAAUAGAUCUAGCAGUGAUCCAAAACGAAAAGUGGUUUUAUAUGCUUCUGAUGGCCCAGAACGUCAGUUAAAAUGUUUUUAUUGUGUUGGCCCACAUAAAAUUUUUGAUUGUAAGAAAUUUAUAGAAUUGAGUGUGCCUAAUAGAUGGAGUGAAGUGAAGAGAUUGAAGUUAUGUUUUUCGUGUCUCAGUGGUGGCCAUUCAAGUAAAGAUUGUCGUCGGCGUAAGCAGUGUCCAAUGGAAAAGUGCCAAAGAAAUCACAACAAAUUAUUGCAUGAAACUAAACCUAAUGAAUCAAGUGAACGAUCCGUAAAUGUGCCGCCAACAGAGAGAGCUUCAACCGUCGAGCCAGUGCUUAGUUGUGUUUCCAGUGCUAGUGAAAGAAAUGAAGGUUCUUCGGUUACGAUGAUGGAUAGCUCUUUAGUGAGACAGCUUGGACUGCAUGGUCGACAAAGUCAAUUGAAUUUGAGUUGGUAUGGUGGUAAAUCGGCACAAGAACCAGUUAUGGUGGUGGAUCUUCAUGUGAGCGGUGUUAAUAAGAAGAGGAAAUAUGCUUUGAAAAAUGUGUAUGGUGUCUCGAAUUUGAAGUUGCCUAGUCAGAGUUUUAAUGCGGAUUUAGUAAAGAAUCAUGGUGUGCCUUUAAACUCAUAUGAAUGUGUGGCUCCAAAGGUACUAAUUGGAUUGGACCAUUGCCAUUUAGGAUUGCCCGAUGAAAUAGUCCCUUUGGAAGAUGCUGGUCCAUAUGCUGCCAAUACUCCUCUUGGAUGGGUUGUUUUUGGAAACGUGAAAGGAGGUCGCCCUGGAACCCAAACAUGUUUGCUGACACAGUUGGAUAAUUUAAAUAAUUUGGUGGCAAAUUAUUUUGAAACUGAAAAUUUUGGUGUUAAGGCUCUACCAGUGAUUGAGUCAAGAGAUGAUUUACGUGCACGAGAGAUAUUGAGAAAUUCGACGAAGAGGGUUGCCGGAAGAUUUGAAUCCAGACUGCUAUGGUGUAAUGAUGACGUAGUCCUGCCGGAUAGCUAUUCCGUGGCCCUUAAUAGAUUUUUUGGAAUGGAAAGAAAAAUGAAAAAUAAUCCUGAAUUUGGUGCGGCCUAUAAACAAAUAAUGAGUGAAUAUUUGCAGAAGCGGUAUGUACGCAAAUUAUCAUUGAGUGAAGUCGAUACGUUUCAUCCGAGAACAUGGUACUUGCCCCACUUUGGUGUCGUAAACCCUAAUAAGCCAGGGAAGAUUCGUAUGGUGUUCGAUGCAGCAGCAAAGGUGGAAGGUGUCUCGUUGAAUUCAAAGUUAUUGAAAGGCCCUCAGCAGUACAAACCGUUGCCAUCAGUUUUAUUUAAUUUUAGAAUCGGUUCCGUAGCUGUUUGUGGGGACAUAAAGGAAAUGUUUCAUCAAGUUGUUGUUGCUGAGGAAGACAGGUGUUCGCAGAGGUUCUUGUGGCGAGAUGAUGCUAGUGGUCCACCGGAAGUGUAUGAAAUGCUUGUGAUGACGUUUGGAGCUGCCUGUUCGCCCUGUAUUGCCCAUUAUGUGAAGGAAACAAAUGCAAUGGAGCAUCGAAAUCGUUUCCCUAGAGCCGUGAAGUCAAUUUUGGACCAUCAUUACGUAGAUGACUUUGUAGACUGUUUUGUAAAUCCGUCAAAAGCCAUUGAAAUAGCCAUACAAGUUCGUGAAAUACAUAAAGCUGCUGGUUUUGAAAUGCGUAAAUUUACAUCGAAUUCAUCGGAGGUGGUUGUGGCUCUAGAAGGAUGUUCAGAUCAUCAGGUUAGUUUCUCAGGUGGAUUAAAUGAGUUGGAGGGUUCAACUGAAAAGGUACUUGGCAUGUUUUGGGAUCCAAAGGACGACACGUUCAAAUUUGUUUUGAAAUUCCAUCGUGUGAAUUCUGACGUCAUCCUUGGUAAAAGGUGUCCCACAAAGCGUGAGUUAUUAUGUGUCGUAAUGUCCAUUUUUGAUCCACUUGGUUUUUUGUGCCAUUUUAUGAUAACUGCCAAACUUUUGAUGAGAGAAGUCUGGAGACAUAAUGUACUUUGGGACGAGAUGUUGCCCGCGUCAUUACAAGCGAUGUGGAAUAAAUGGCGCCAAGAGUUAAGAAAUGUUGUCCAUGUAAAGGUUCCACGAUAUUAUUUUGGAAAUGGUUUGCCCUUGGAGUUAGAGCUGCAUGUUUUUGUUGAUGCCAGUGAAGAUGCCUUCGGUGCAGUUGGCUAUUGGAGAUAUACAACAUCUGAUGGACAAAUAGGAGUGUCGUUUAUAUCUGCCAAGUCGAAAUGUGCCCCAUUGAAAUGUAUGACUAUUCCCAGAUUAGAACUACAAGCCGCCGUUUUGGGGACCCGAUUGAUGGACACUAUAAUGAAGGAACAUGAACUCAAAGUUUCUCGUCGAAUCUGUUGGAGUGACUCUACAACCGUCAUUAGUUGGAUUGGUUCUGAAAGCAGGAGAUAUAAACCAUUUGUUGCCCAUCGAAUUGCCGAAAUACUUGAUUCGACACGCCCAACUGAUUGGAGAUGGUUGCCUACAGAUCUCAAUGUUGCCGAUGAUACUACAAGAGCUAAAAAUGAAGUUGAUUUUUCCAUUGAAACACGUUGGUUCCAAGGGCCACAAUUUUUGUAUGAAAACGAAGCUGACUGGCCGAAUAAGAAUUCUAAGAAAUCUGAUGAUUUGUGUGAAGAAGAACUACGCCCCAAAUUUGUUAUGCUGGUUAGUACAAAUUUAGUAAUUGAUUUUAAUCGUUUUUCUUCAUUUCUCAGGCUUAAACGAACAAUGGCUUGGGUUCUGAGAUUUAUCAAUCGCUGCCGAAAUUGUGAUAAAUGUAAUGGUUCGAGAUGCCUGUGUGCUGAAGAGUUAAGGGUUGCUGAAACUAGUCUGUGUCGUCUGUCCCAAGAAGAGUGUUUCGCCUUUGAAAUAAACGUUUUAAAAUCUGGUGGUUCUUUAAAAAAGGAUAACGUGUUAUUUUCCCUUUCGCCUUAUUUUGAUGAAAAUAAUUUACUUCGAGUGAGCGGUCGUAUUGAUGCUGCGAGUUGGUUGCCUUUAGAUGCCAGGCACCCCAUUAUUUUGUCGCCCUGUCACCGCUUUACACAACUAUUUGUUGCCCAUGUGCAUAAUAAAAUGAGACAUCAAAAUUUUGAGGCUACCAUAGGCGAAAUAAGGAAAAGAUUCUGGAUUCCACGACUUCGAAAUCUGUUGAGUAAGACCACAUCAAAUUGCAACAUUUGUAAGAUUCGUCGUGCUGUUCCAGUAGCUCCUUUUAUGGGAUCGUUGCCAAGUGAUAGACUAACUCCAUAUGUCCGGCCAUUUACUUAUACUGGUGUUGACUAUUUUGGCCCAUUAAAUGUGACUGUUGGUAGACGCCAUGAAAAACGUUGGGUUGCCCUGUUUACGUGCCUUACAAUCAGAGCUGUACAUUUAGAAGUGGCCUAUGAUCUAUCUACUGAUUCGUGUAUUUUGGCUAUACGGAAUUUUAUAAAUCGUCGUGGCACCCCGUUGAAGAUUCGGAGUGAUAAUGGAAAGAAUUUUGUUGGAGUUAACCAAGAAGCCCAGCGAUUUGAUGAAGUAUUUGAUCUGGUUAAAAUUGAAGAUGAGUUGUCCACAAGGGGCAUUGAAUGGCAGUUUAAUUGUCCACAUAAUCCUGCAGAAGGUGGAAUAUGGGAGCGAAUGGUUCAAUGUGUUAAAAAGGUUUUAAGAGUAACCCUAAAAGAAGUCGCCCCAAAAGAGCACACCUUGCAAAGUUUUUUAAUUGAAGCCGAAAACAUCGUGAACUCUCGCCCAUUGACUCACUUUCCUGUCAGUCCGGAAGACGAAGAACCAUUGACGCCUAAUCAUUUCUUGUUGGGUUCUGCAAAUACGGCUCAAACGCCAGAAGGUAUUGAAAUUACAAAGCCAGUGGUACUGAAGAAGCAGUGGCGAAUUGCUCGACAGCUACGAGAUCAUUUUUGGAAAAGAUGGAUUGUGGAAUAUUUGCCCACACUUACAAGACGGUCCAAAUGGUGCGAACAUACGAAGCCUGUGGCCCCGGGAGAUCUUGUACUAAUUUGUGAUCCAGCUGUUUCCCGCCGAGAUUGGAAGAGAGGUCGUGUCGUAAAUGUGUUUCCUGGCAGUGAUGGUGUAAUCCGAAGAGCUGAUGUCCAAACAAGUAGUGGAAUACUUAAACGCCCAGUUUCCAAACUAGCAGUCCUUGAUUUGGAGUAG